UACGUCAGGUCGUUUACUUCGGCGAAUUAAUCUGUAAUACUUCUUCAAGUUUCUACCAAUUAUGGAGAAAAGUCUUAUGAUUGCCUCGGCUAGCGCGCUAGGUGCUUCUGCUCUGACGUUACUGGCUUGUCGUUAUCUUUCCAAUAGAUGCGAAGCGCACGAUAACGUGUAUGAGACAGAAAAAUUUUUCGGCGAAUAUCUUAUUUUCCACUUUGGCAAACCAGAUGAACUGUUACCAUAUGGCUUUGGUCCUCAUGACUCUCUUGAUUUUCCCAAGCGAUGUGCGUUGGAGUGUAUUAAACAUAUUGGGGAUAAUGUGCCGAGCAUUGCUCUCGACAUAGGAUGUGCUGUUGGUCGAUCUUCAUUUGAAUUAGCCAAGAGGUUUGAUCAAGUUGUAGGAAUUGAUUUUUCCCAUGGUUUUAUUAAUGCCUGCAAUCAACUCAAGACUUAUGGAAGAUUGGAGUACUCUGUCCAAACUGAAGGAAGUCUUGUGUCUAAACAUGUCGCUGAGGUUGAUCUUGACAUUGAUAGAAGUCGUCUAUCUUUUUAUCAAGGAGAUGCCUGCAAUUUGCCCAGUGAUCUUGGACAGUUUGGCUGUGUUCUGGCAGCAAAUUUAGUUUGCCGUCUUCCUAAUCCCUAUCAGUUCUUAGAUAGGCUUCCAUUUUUAGUGGCACCUGGAGGUGUUUUGGUCAUUACAUCACCAUAUUCAUGGUUAGAGAAGUUUACACCUAAGAGUCUUUGGCUUGGUGGCUAUAAAGAUGCAGAUGGAAAGAUUGUCACAGGAUUUGACAAUUUGAAGAGUUACCUGGGUCCAAAUUUUGAGCUGAUUGAAGAUAAGCUAAUGCCUUUCCUCAUCAGAGAAAAUGCUUGUGAAAACCAGUGGUCGGUAGCACAUGCCACCAUUUGGAAAAGAAGGCAGGCAACAUCUUGAUUCCAGACUCUUAGCAAUGUUAUUUAAGGAUAUCUGGGUGAACUUUACAUGGGACUUAUAGGUUUCUAAAAUACACCAUUUGGUUAAAUGCACGAGUUUGCAAUGACUACCAAAUUGUUGAUAUUCAGGAUUUUUGUGGGUUGCUUGUUAUAUUUAUUUAAAUUUAGAUAGCUGAGGACUAAUUUUUAUUUAUAAAAGGUUAUUAUUACAAGGGUCAAGAUGUAAGAAAAAGUAAUGUUUCAGACAUCAAGGUGAACACUGUGAUAAACAGACAAUUUUAAUUUAUAACUACAAAUGAUGAGUGUUGAAUGUAAUCCAAUAUCAGCCGAUAAAGUAGACUACAAGAAAGGACAGAAUGAGUUUUUCACCAUAUCAGGCAUGCAUAUGCAAGUAGCAUAUGUGCAUCUUCCAAACAUGCUUGCUUUCAACUCUUGCUUCUCAAGCUUUUCAAAUGAAAUUAA